AUGCGGCACGGUACGCUUACCGGCUCACAGCAGAUCGCCGCGACGAACCACGUCCUUCAGCACCAUACAGGCGACUUUGACCGCCUGCGCACCGCGAUGGCGAGUCAAAGGCACUUUGAUCUUGUCUCUGAGCACGAUGUGCGUGAGGCGCGCGAGCACGUCGCUGGCGAAAUUGCGCCGCUCCUCCGUGAGCUGAUUGUGCGCGCGGAGAAUGCGCUCACCGAAGACGAGCGGCACGCGCGUGCGCUGCGGAACAAGGCCACCGAAGAGCUUGCGCAGGUCGAGGCUCGCUCGUCGCAUUCCGUGCUGGGCGACACGACCAAGUCGCCGUCGGUCGCCGCGCUAGUGAACCAAGCGGAGCUCGACGAGCACCGGCGGGCGCUCGAAAAGCUCAAGGCGGAGCGCAAGCGGCUGAUGGAGCGUGUGUCUGCACUGGAGCAACGCCAGGGCACAAGUGCAUAG